GCAGGAUAAAAAAAACCAAUGUAAAUUAUUCCAAGGACAACCUGGUCUACGAGGAGAUAAAGCUUAGGUUUCCAGGCCACUACAAACAAUAGCUACACUCUUCCUGCUCCAGUGUGAGCCGCCUCCAUUGGAUACCCAGACCAUUACCAGAGCAUCAUUAUCAGUUGUACCAGCACAACUGAAGAACACCUAAUUCUUCCUCCAUUACUGAACAGAGUCAGAUUCAGAUUAAUUUAUUGCCACAAAAACCGCAGGUUGGUGGUAUUUUCUCUGAUAGUUGAGAUUAGAUCCGAUAGUUGCAUAAGGGGCCAGACUGACCACCGUCUUUCCAAAAUGUAUCUUGCGCAUUUUGCUAUGAUGCUGGUGCUCCUUGGCUGUUCGCUGGGAAAGUCGUUUGUCCUCCAGCCCCAGGAGAAGGAACCUGCUGCCGCUACACCUGGCUAUGCCGUCCUCCGCCCUGACAGGUGCCAUGGAGAGUCGUUGAAUGACAUCAGAAAGGCCCUUCUUGGAGCCCUCAACCUGCAACAGGAGCCCCAGGUGGAGGCUGACAGACUGACUGCCAUCAGAGAGCAAUGGAAGACCGCAUUCUCUGCCAUCUCUCACAACACCCAGGACAAAGCAGUGACUGUACCCCGGGGUCCUGCAGCUGACAAGAGUAGUGGUCUGAAAUGCUAUCGGCUGGCCUCACAGAUCUUCCUGAAAGAUCUUGGCUGGGAGAACUGGGUAAUCUACCCUGAGAGUUUCAACUACGUCCAGUGCUCACCCUGCAACUCCCAACUGGACCUGAGCCCCUCGCGCUGCCCAUCACACACUCCCACUGCACAGGACACCCCCUCACAGAUGCCGUGCUGCAAGGCCACUUCUACAGAGCGUGUGCCCUUCCUCUACAUGGAUGAGUUCAGCACCCUCACCAUCUCCUCUGUGCAGCUCACCCGUACCUGCGGUCCAGGCAACCCCCAGCUGCCAGCUGAGGACUGAUCAUCGACCCCCCUACCCCAUCCCAGGGAGCCCCCCUACCCCAUCCCAGGGAGCCCCCCUACCCCAUCCCAGGGAGCCCCCCU